CGAGGAGCGAGCACGAAGAUGCCAUUGACCGGUGAAGUAGUCGCGCUCUCGGGCAAGUUCGAGACGAUGACCCGGGCCGAGGCCACCAAGCGUAUCCAGGCCGCGGGCGGGUCGGUCUCGUCCUCGGUGACCAAGGCGACGACGCUCCUCGUGACGACCGCGGGCGACGAGAGCAAGAAGUACAAGGACGCGGUCGCUGCCGGAAUCAAGAUCUGUAUGGAAGAUGCUCUUGUCCAGGCGCUGGACGGAAAGGCGGCCUCGGCAUUGGAGGGCCAGGUCGUCGCGCUCUCGGGGAAGCUCGCGACCAUGACCCGGGCGGACGCGACUGCGCAAAUCGUCGAGGCCGGCGGAACCGUGUCGUCGACGGUCACGAAGAAGACGUCGAUCCUCGUUGCAGCGGACGGUACCGAAGGCAAGAAGACACAGACCGCGGCUGCGCAAGGGGUAGUCAUCUGGACCGAAGCGCAGCUCGUGGCUGCGCUCUCGGGCGCCGCGCCCGCGUCGGUGGUCGUGAAGGACGAGUUUGAAGAAAAGCCAGCGGCCAAGAAGAAGCGCGCGGCCAAGGACGAAGCUGCUCCGCCCGCAAAGAAGCCUAAAGCGGAAGAGGUCAAGCCUGAGGCCGUCAAGGGUGAGACGAGCGAUCCCCCGCCGGCCUUGGGCGAACGUCGCGGGGCGCGUCGGCCCGACAAGCACUUGUCAACGCGCGAAAAGUUUGAGAUUUUCGACGACUACUCGACGGACCUCAUGCAGACCAACAUUGGCCACAACAACAACAAGUUUUACAUCAUCCAGCUGCUCCAAGCGACGGCCGACUCGACCUUCCACGUCUUUACGCGCUGGGGCCGCCUCGGCGAGGCCGGCCAGCAAAACCUCAAGGGCUUUGGGCGCGACGUCGACAAGGCGAUUGCGCUCUUUGAGAAGAAGUUCCGCGACAAGACCAAGAACGACUGGCACCAGCGCCAUGCGUUUGUCAAGUACGACCUGCAGUACCAACUCGUCGAGCUCGACGCGUCCGAGACGGGCGACGGUGGCGGCGACUCGGAUGCGGCCAUGGGCAAGCUGUCGGCGGCACAGAUUGAGAAGGGCCAGGCGGUCCUUGCCCAGCUCAAGACGUCGUUGACGGGAAAGCCAUCGUCUGCGCUCAUUACGCAGCUCUCGGGGCAGUACUACUCGCUGGUUCCGACGUUGUCGGGCCGGCAACGACCGCCACCGCUCAACACGCUCGCGCUCGUCGAAGAAAAGGAAGCGCUCCUUGACUUUUGGCUGCGCAUGGGCUUUGAUGACAUGGAAGAGCAGACGCACUUGGCGCCGAUUGAAGGGCUUAUGGACUUACCGAAGCCCGAGAACCUCGGGAUUGCGGCCGCCGGUAUUUGUCACGCGAGCGCCGUCAAGCAGUGCCAAAGCCGGGGCCAACAGCUCGUGGUAUCGAACGCUGGUGCGCCGGUCAAGCCCAUGGACAAGGACCUCUAUGGCUCGAUCGUGCUGUACACGGGCAACUGGAUCUACGCGGAGCUCAACAAUGCCCUCCGAUCGGAGAACCGGGCAGCGGUCAAGCGCUAUUUCAAGUAUCUGCGCCUCUUUAUGGAGGCCAUGAACUACAUGCCCAAGAAGUCGCAAGUGCUCUGGCGUGGGAUCAGCGUCGACCUUUUCGACCAAUACGAGGAAGGCAAGGUCAUUACGUGGUGGGGCGUCAGCAGCACGACGUCGGACGAGAACGUGGCCCGUGGCUUCAUGAACAGUUGCGGUGGCAGCUGCACGCUCCUGAGCGUCCGGUGCACGACGGCGAUGGACAUCUCAGUGCUCUCCAUGUACCCGAACGAAAAGGAGUGCCUCCUCGCGCCCGGCACGCAGUUCAAGGUCCUCAAACGGGCGCGCAAAGGACGUAUCGCAGAGAUUGAAAUCGAAGAAGUCGGCCGCUGCAUCUAAUAGUGUGGACUGUGUACCUAAUAUACAUGGAUUUGUUGUCGAA